UAUCCGAUCGGAAGCGGCGCAAACACGCUCGCUCACGCGCUCUGAUUUGGUCACUCACGGUGUUUAUCGAUAUCGGUUGUCCGUGGGCGGAAAAGAGGGACAUAUCUUUGUACAUAUAAAUAUAUAUAAGUACGUGACGCUCGUUUCUAUAUACUCGUGAACGCGUGCGAAUCGCGGCGAACGUGUGUGAGGACGCGCGGACGCGUUACCGAUACAUUGAACGCGUUCUCGGAAGAUAUCGCUAAGUGGUCGCCGAUAUAAGGAACGGAAGAUCAGUCUAAAACCACCUGUCCUCGAACGUGGUAGUUCUCUCGUCUAAUCGUGCGCGUGGUAGGAUUUAAGCUCGGGCUAAGGUGAUAGUUGCUUGUGAUCGAUCGAGUUGCUUCCGUACGAUCGAACGAUCCCCGGUACAAUGGAGAGAUUGAAGAAGAAACGGAAAAGGACCGACAAUCAAAAGAAAGUGUUGCUCUCCAUCGUUGAUCCCUGGGACGUCAGAGUGGCCAGUGUCGAUCCAGUCGGACUGGCAGAACGACGAGGCGUUUCCUUGUCGAUCACACCGCCGCAACAGAGCAACGAGAACAAGCCAGUGGAAUCGGUGUCCCCGGGUAGGAUAGUCAGGAUCCCGUCACCCUGGUACAAACCAGCACACAGCAGCGUUUUGGAACGAUUCACCGCUGACGGAGCUGGAAUUGAAACCAGCUCUGGCGAACCGACCUGGGUGGAUCCUUGGCACUCGUCCAGGUCACCAAGCGGUGGACAGUAUCGUUCACCGGAAACGCCCCAAAAUCCGGCGAGAAAGAAGGCGUUGAACGAAGGGAAGAGCUCGAGGAGAAGCGGUGGCCUCCGGAACGAUCAGGAAAUUCCAGACGACAAUGGAUUAAUCGGCGCGACACCGGAAAUCACGUGCAAUGAUGUCGAUCACGGGCGCAGUAGUGGAACAGUUGGAAGAGUAGUGCGUUUCGUGAACGAAGAACGUCCUAGGAGCUCCACUUGGGGAUCACGACUGGACCAAAUAAAUCGUGCGCACAAAGUAAAUAAUCUAUACUCAUCGAACACAAUCCAUUUCCCGAGCGCAAAUCACGAAAACGAGAAUUAUAAUUCUACGAGUGAACGAGGUGAGCCUCUACGAGGAAGAACAGAGGACUCUGCGGUGGACGUUGAUGGGAAUGACGAGGAGAAACGGUGCAUGUUGACCAAAAAUGAUGAGAAGCUUGGUCAUGGAUUUUUCGAAGACGAAGAGCUUGUGAAUGUCGUGCAAAAUUUAGUAAACUCGAGGUACAGUCCAAUUUUAAAUGGAACACAGAGAAGGACAAUAAAUCGAAGAACACCAUGUCAACAUCAAAAGGAAAUAAUUACAGUGGAUGCGUCGAAGGUGGCGGGAUAUAGCGAAAGCGAACCUGCUACGUCCACAGAGAAAAUUACGGAAACUACAAAAAUUCCAAAUUACAGAAAUACUGAAACGAGGGGUCCUCAAGAGGCCGCGAUACUUCGCCCUAAUCGGAUUCGUAAAACGAGCAUCUCGAUGCCUAGUAAUCUGGACGAAAUGGAGAGUUUACGAAUCGAUAGGCAAAAGGGAACCGCCUCGAAGUUCACGAGAUCGGAGAGCGACGACAGCAGCAGCGUGACAUUCAGUAAUAGUGGUUCGACGCCCAAUGGAAGUCCUCUUGGUUCUGAGACCGAGGAAGAGGCGAACGAUGAAGAGUUGGCCAAAGUGCCGUUGCAAGCUCCUCCGCGAAGAAAGAGCAGAGCCAUGUCGCCGAUGUUAAGCGAAAAAUUAGGGAACGAUCCCAUGGAACUUUCUGGAGCGCAGAGCGUCAACUCCACGAUAACGAGCGUUAACAGCAUUAGCAGCUUACUGAAGGAAAAACUUCAGUUGUCGAUCCCUCAAGCUCUGCGCAGCAGUAAGAAGAGACAGAACGCUGACUAUAGACUUCGAGCUUUCGUCGGAAUAUUAUUCCUCUGCGUCGUUUUCCUCGUGGGGUUUGCGCAUAUUUAUUACACUCAACAUGUUCUUCAACGAGCCUAUUUCGAUAAAUUCAGGUUCAACAAAAACGAGCGAGUGAUGCACGUGUACAGCAGUACCGGUGCGGAGGUGAUCGCAGCGCGUCUUGGCAACGAUAUACCAGCCGACACCGGUGUUUUCUCCUGUCUGUCUCAUUACCAGAAACAAGACUCAGUUUGCCUGGAGUGGCUUCAACAAGCACGCUUGUAUCUCGCUCACACGAAACACGCGGACAUGCACUGUUAUCAUAUCACCUGGCAGAGCUUGAACUCGUACUACAGUCCGAAAGAUUGCUUCGACUGGUCGCCGAAAAGAGGCCACUGGUACGGCGGAGGCCAAGUGCAAAACAUGCCCUACCCCCUCGAACGUGGACGACUCGAUUUAAGUCCCUUUGUCACCGGCGACAUUACCAAACAUCCUUUCGGCAAUGUGCUCAAGAGGUACUUCUUAAACUCGAAAGGUGCUACUAUACUGGUCGAUCCAGAGACUCCUCUCUACGUGUCCAUUAACGCGAACAGGAGCAACAAUUUCUGCUUGCAAGCGAAGCACGACGCGUUCGCGUACAUCAAUCACCUGACACCAUUGCCUCAGUUGAACUACACCAUCUGUGCUACCGAUAACAUGAAGAUCUUGCACUCUUCCAUGGCCGAGAAGUCCUUGUGGGAUGGCUUGAAACCGGAUGAGUUGAACGCGGUUCAUUCGCUGUUGUCCGAGCCAGUCUGGCAAAUUUCGCCCACCAGCGAGGCAGCAGUUUACAAUUACACGGAAGAUGUGAUUGCCUUGGGCUUUCUGAAACAAGGACACGUUUUGUUGAGCGAGGAGUGGCAACCUAGUGCUGGUGAUUUCGUGUUGGACGAGGAGAGAUUCACCUCGAUGGAAGAGACUAUUAAUAUCAUUCACCGUCGCGGGUUCAGGAUCGUGUUCACUAUACAGCCGUUCAUAUCCACAGAGUCCAUUAAUUUUCGAGACGCGGUGUCGAACAGGCUGUUGAUCUCCGAGAGAGGAAGCGAUCCUAGAAUACCUGCUUUGACUAGGUACAAACAGAGUAACAGCGUGGGCGUCCUGGACAUCACGAAUAACAAGACCUUACCUUGGCUGCAGUCCAAGCUGGAAAGUCUGAUCAUGAAGUAUCACGUGGACUCGUUCUACUUGGAUUUAGGCACCGCGCAAGACAUGCCUCACUACUACAAAUGCGAGCAACCGCUGACAAAUCCGGAUCAUUACAAAACGCUGUUCACAAAAUCGAUUUUGGGAUCCGUGCCCGUGAUCGGUGUGUCAGGCGCGAUUUCCAGGCCACGUGCACCAGUCUUCGUUUCCCUCCCGCCGUUCUCCUCCUCCUGGAAAGCCAUCAAAACAGUCAUACCCACAGUUCUGACUUACGGAAUGAUUGGUUAUCCGUUUAUCAUGCCAGGAGCUGUCGGCGGAGACGUGGCCUUGCCCAUGUCCGAUAACAAUCCUGACAACGACUUCGAGGUGAAUCUACCAGACAAGGAAUUGUACAUCAGAUGGCUGCAGCUGUCCACGUUUCUACCGGUGAUACGUUUCACUCAUUUGCCGAGUAAAUACUCGGACGACUCUGUGCUGGAGAUCGCCAAGAGAUUGACAGAGCUAAGGCAGAAAACGGUGACGCCGAUGCUGAAGAAAUACGCGAAGGAAACGCUUAACACUGGCCUGCCGAUUAUACGACCGUUGUGGAUGCUGGACCCGGCGGAUCCAGCUUGCCACGUUGUCGUCGAUGAAUUCUCCGUGGGCGAAGAGCUGAUUGUAGCGCCUGUACUUUACUCCGGUAGCAGGCAGAGGGAGGUUUAUCUACCUGCAGGAGUGUGGCGAGACGGAAUCGACGGUAGCCUUAGAAAAGGAUCUAGGUGGAUUCAUAAUUACAGAGUCGCCGAGGAUAAGGUUGCGUACUUCGUGAAAAUGCCAGACAACACGAGAUUUUGAAAAUUGACUUUCAACUUUGCAAAAGAGUGGUCCUGUUGGAAGUAUCAGAGAAGAGGGAUCGGUGCGAUUUUUACGGGACGAGUUUUUAUGCGAUUUUUACGGGGAUGAUCGUUUUAAAAACGGAACUUGACUAGAAGAUUAUUUUAUUUUAUUAGACAUUCUCCAAUUUUUUUCAUAAAACUCCGGCGAUCAAUUACAAUUUUAAAGAUCGAAUAAGAAUCGAAGAAAAGAUUGCGGGUGAAGGGGGGAGAAUAUAAAAAAAAAGGACCAAAAAAAUGUCGAAGCUUGGAUUGUUUCGUUUUACGAAUUUACAGAUUGAGACUACGAAUGGCUGACGAAGAAUUUUAUGGGCAGCUUUAAGUUUGUCACCCUGAAAGUAUUUAUUUCUUUAUAUAUCAAAAUAUAUUUAUUUUAUUUUA